CCUUGCCUUCCUUUCGGAUGCACAGCCCGAUUUAAGCCGUGCACCUCCGGCCCGAGCCCGGCAGGCUUGUCCUCCCCAGGGACUCCGGGACCUCCGAGGACACGGGUCGCCCAGCUCUCGGCGGGGCUCUGCUUAGUGCGUUUGAGUCCCACGCGUGCACACUCGAGCACUCGCGGAGAGAGGCGUCUCGCCGGCCCGUGGCGGCUCUGAGCGGUGCGCUCCUGCCUCAGCAUCCCCGGCCCCGCGGGGCCCCCACCGCCAUGGAGGUGCUGGAGAGCGGGGAGCAGAGUGUCCUGCAAUGGGACCGCAAGCUGAGCGAGCUGUCAGAGCCCGGAGAGUCCGAGGCCCUCAUGUACCACACGCACUUCUCGGAACUGCUGGAUGAGUUUUCCCAGAACGUCCUGGGUCAGCUCCUGAAUGACCCUUUCCUCUCAGAGAAGAGUGUGUCCAUGGAGGUAGAGCCAUCUCCAACCUCACCAGCGCCUCUCAUCCAGGCUGAACACAGCUACUCCCUGAGCGAGGAGCCCCGGGCUCAGUCACCAUUCACCCAUGUGGCUACCAACGAUGGCUUCAAUGACGAGGAAGUGGAGAAUGAGAAGUGGUAUCUGUCUACAGACUUCCCUUCGGCCACUGUCAAGACAGAGCCCAUCACAGAGGAGCAGCCCCCAGGACUCGUUCCGUCCGUCACUCUGACCAUUACAGCCAUUUCUACUCCUUUUGAAAAAGAAGAGUCCCCUCUGGAUAUGAAUGCUGGGGUGGAUUCCUCGUGCCAGACAAUAAUUCCUAAGAUUAAGUUGGAGCCCCAUGAAGUGGAUCAGUUCUUAAACUUCUCUCCUAAAGAAGCCUCGGUGGAUCAACUGCACUUACCGCCAACACCACCCAGUAGCCACAGCAGUGACUCCGAGGGCAGCCUGAGCCCUAACCCACGCCUGCAUCCCUUCAGCCUGUCUCAGGCCCACAGCCCUGGCAGAGUCAUUCCCCGCGGUGCCUCUGCCUUGUCCACAUCUCCCCUCCUCACUGCCCCCCAUAAGCUGCAGGGAUCUGGCCCACUUGUCCUGACAGAGGAAGAGAAGAGGACAUUGAUUGCUGAGGGCUAUCCUAUUCCUACAAAACUGCCCCUGACCAAAUCUGAGGAGAAGGCCCUGAAGAAAAUCCGGAGAAAAAUCAAGAAUAAGAUUUCUGCCCAAGAGAGCAGGAGAAAGAAGAAAGAAUAUAUGGACAGCCUGGAGAAAAAAGUAGAGUCUUGUUCAACUGAGAACUUAGAACUUCGGAAGAAGGUGGAGGUGCUGGAGAACACCAAUAGGACUCUGCUUCAACAACUUCAGAAGCUUCAGGCUCUGGUGAUGGGCAAGGUCUCCCGAACCUGCAAGUUAGCCGGCACCCAGACUGGCACCUGCCUCAUGGUCGUUGUGCUGUGCUUUGCUGUUGCGUUUGGCAGCUUCUUUCAAGGCUAUGGGCCCUAUCCCUCUGCCACCAAGAUGGCUCUGCCCAGCCAGCAUCGCCUGUCAGAGCCAUACACAGCCUCCGUGGUGAGAUCCAGGAACCUGCUCAUCUAUGAGGAGCAUUCUCCCCUGGAGGAGCCAUCCGGUCCAGCUUCAGCUGGAGAGCUUGGGGGCUGGGACAGGGGUUCCUCCCUGCUCAGGGCAUCGGGGCUCGAGGCCCUGCCGGAGGUGGAUCUCCCUCACUUCAUCAUGACCAAUGAGACCAGCGUGGAGAAGUCAGUGCUGUUGGAGCUUCGGCAACACCUGGGCGGCAGCAAACUGGAAGGCAACGAAACGCUCAAAGUUGUAGAACUCGAGAGGAGAGUGAAUGCCACCUUCUAAGGAUCCCUCUCCACCUUCCUCUUCUCCUCACUCCAGCUGUGCACCCCCAAACCGUCUUACCCUUCAGCUUCUCCUUCACCCCUGGAUUCCGAGGAGGAUGUGGACCAGUGCUAGUGGCUUGAGACGGGAGGCCAGCCUGGGGCUUUCUGCUUGUAUGUCCCCAUAGCUCUACACAGAAGGGAGCUGGGCACCUCUCCAUCCCUUUCUCUUACUGCCGUAGGAAAUUAUCGUAGGGGUGAGGUAGGGGUGGGGCGAGCAGGCUUGUUUCCAUUA